CGCGUGGAGGAGAAGGAGGAGGAAGGGGGAGGUCACGUGACGGUCGCGGGCGCCGCCGCCGCCGCUUUGUGAGCGCACUGGGCAGAUUUUGUAUUUUGUACAUACAUUGUUUUGUAUAUACUGUAUAUGAUGACUUCGGUGGGCAGUGAACGUACCCGGGGCACUCGGGACAAAAUGCAAAUUGCAGCCACACAGCCAACACAACCACAGAAACAAGUAGUACAGGCAACAGCAGAACAGAUCCGCCUUGCUCAGAUGAUCUACGAUAAGAAUGACGCAGAUUUUGAAGAUAAAGUAAAACAACUUAUGGAGGUGACGGGGAAAAACCAGGAUGAAUGCAUAGUGGCACUACAUGAUUGUAAUGGGGAUGUGAACAGAGCAAUCAACAUAUUGCUGGAAGGAAGUUCAGACACGACUUCUUGGGAGACUGUAGGGGGAAAGAAGAAAAGCCUUGGAAAGGAAGGUUCAGAAAACAAAGAGAACAGAGAAAAACGAGGGGACAGAGAAGUGAGUCGCGGACGGGGAAGUUCCAACAGACGGGGAAGAGGAGGCAGCCGUGGACGAGAGUUUAGAGCUGAAGAGAAUGGAGUGGACAACAAUCAAGGAGACAGGCCUUCAGACCGCGGGAAACGUGGCCGUGGGAGAGGGUUUGGACGUGGCAGAGGGAGAGGAACGGGGAGGUUUUCAGCCCAAGGCAUGGGGACAUUUAAUCCUGCAGACUAUACGGAGUCUUCUGUCACUGAUGGCUUUGGGACAAAGUCAGAGAUCUGGGAGACUGGUCAGAAUGAUGCAGAUGAUGGAACUGAGCCCACACAGAGCGGAUGUUACCUUGCUCAGGACCUGCCAAAAAAUUUUGGAUUCCAAGGAGCAUGGAAAAACUCAAUAGAGGAAUGGACAGCAGAAGACUGGAAUGAAGAUCUUUCUGAAACAAAAGUCUUCACUGCGUCUUCUGUUCCAGCUGAAAAUCAUGUGACUCCUGGGCAAAGCAUUGAUUUGGUGACACUGCUUCAAAAGCCGGUGACAUCUACCCAAGAGACAGAAGCCAACUCGUAUGAGUCUCCCCAGCAGCAGACCUUUGGCCAAGCCUUAGUAUUCACAAAUUCUCAGCAUAGCACCCAGAUGGCAUCAGGAACAGGCAGCUCCAGUGCUGUAAACUCUUAUUCUCCUCAAAGUCUGUCGGCAGUUCUUUGUUCUGGCUUUGGAGAGCUCAGAUCCUCUAAAUUGGCAAACUCUACUGGUUCCCAAAUCUUGGACCAAUUGAAAUCACCAGGAUUGGGUCAGUUUACAUCUCAACAAACCAAUAGCAGUUCUGCCACCACUAGCACAGUUGCUGCGUCAUCCUGGGAUCUAAAACCGCCUAAUACUCAAUCCUCAGUCCUCAGUCAGUUUGACUUUAAGUCCCAGCCUGAGCCAUCUCCAGUUCUGAGCCAGCUGACACAGCGACAACAGCAAAUGCAGGUGGUUCCUGUUCCUCCUCCUGGGCUGGAGUCAUCCUCUUCUCAGAUUAAACUACAAGAGCCAUCACCAAUAGACACCUCCACAGCUGUUAGCAAAAUACUACAGCUCCCCACUAUCUCUAUGGAUAACCAGGCAGUGACUGUUCAUCAAACCCAGCAGAAACAGAUAAAACCACCAAAAAGGAGGAUAACUCCAGCAUCCAAGAUUCCUGCCUCUGCUGUGGAGAUGCCUGGAUCAGCAGACAUGACAGGGUUAAAUGUUCAGUUUGGAGCUCUUGAGUUUGGAUCAGAGCCUACACUCCCAGAGUUUGGAUCAACUUCAAGCAGUGAGAAUACCAGCCAGGCGACCAACAAUAGCUUAUAUUCAAAAUCUGUGAAGUAUGUUGAUCCUUUGAAUACCUCUUUGCCAAAAUCCAAUACAGUACAGGACUCCACCUACACAACCUCUGCCAUCAGCUCUUCCAGUCUGACCUGCUCAUCCCAGAGCACUAGCCCCAUAACAACUUCCUCCUAUGACCAGACCUCUGUGCAUAGCAGGAUAGCGUACCAAAGCUCCAUGGCUCCGUCUGAACCAGCCCCUGUUGCAGUUACGAAUGGGCACAGUGGUGUUAGGACACAGGCAACACUUGACACUACUUCUUCAGUUGCAGCACCUAAGACAGAGCCUUCUCCUUCACUACCUUCAGCUGGUUCUCUGCCUAGUGUGCCAUCCACCACGGCCUCUCUUCUGCCUUCAGCAUCGCAGCAUGUGGCAGUGUUACCCAGCUUGCCUCAGUCCAGUGAUCUGGCCAGCAGCUCACUCUCCCAGCUGAGCAGCUCCCUUUCCAGUCAUCAGAGCAGCCUCUCUCCUGCCUCAGUGUUGUCUUCAAGCACAUCACAUGUGCACACUAGUAUUGAGAACACAACUUCGCUCCAGCCCUCAACAACCUUUUCAACUGCUUCAACCUCAGCCACUAGCACCACCUCCUCGGUUGUCAGCAUGGCAAGCAGUAUGAACACUACAAACAGCCUUGGCCUGAGUGUUACCAGUGUGUCUAUACCAGCUGCUACCACACGGGCAGCUCCCUUAGUGUCUUCAGGCAAAGCUCCCCCAAACCUGCCCCAAGGUGUACCACCCUUGUUGCAUAACCAGUAUAUUGUGGGACCUGGAGGACUUCUGCCUGCCUACCCACAGAUUUAUGGUUAUGAUGAUCUCCAGAUGCUUCAAUCCAGACUGCCAAUGGAUUACUAUGGAAUUACAUUCCCUGCUCCUGCAACCUUGACAGGCAGAGAUGGGAGCCUUGCUAACAACCCGUACUCAGGUGAUGUAACAAAAUUUGGCCGUGGAGAUUCCGCCUCUCCUGCUCCUGCAACCACGCUGGCCCAGCCGCAGCAGAACCAGACUCAGACUCACCACACGACUCAGCAGCCCUUCCUCAACCCGACCCUGCCUCCAGGGUACAGCUACACUGGGCUCCCUUACUAUGCUGGAAUGCCCGGUGUUCCCAGUGCAUUCCAAUAUGGCCCAACCAUGUUUGUACCUCCAGCAUCUGCAAAACAGCAUGGAGUCAACCUGAACACGGCGUCGACUCCCUUCCAGCAGGCGAGUGGCUACAGCCAGCAUGGCUACGGUGCAGGCUACGAUGACUUAACGCAGGGAACUGCAACUGGGGAUUACAGCAAAGGAGGCUACAGUGGAUCAUCUCAAGCACAAAACAAAUCAGCUGGCGCUGGACCUGGGAAAGGUGUUUCUGUGACCUCAAGUAACACGGGUGUGCCUGAUAUCAGUGGCUCAGUCUAUAACAAGACUCAGACAUUUGACAAGCAGGGAUUCCAUGCUGGCACUCCGCCUCCCUUCAGCCUGCCUUCUGCUCUUGGAUCGACUGGGCCCCUGAACCCUGGUGCUGCCCCAGGUUAUGCUCCAGCCCCGUUUCUCCAUAUCCUCCCUGCACAUCAGCAGCCUCAUUCCCAGAUGCUGCACCACCACCUUCAGCAGGAUGGGCAGGGUGGAUCUGGCCAGCGCAACCAACCCAGCACCAUGCAGCAAAAGUCUCAGGCUACCAAAACCGCCUAUGGCACUUCUCCAUACUGGACAAACUAAAUCUGAAACCGGGGAGAGGGGGGAGAAUGAAAGGAGAGGAGGAAGAAGAAGGAAAAAAAAAAAAAAAAAA